UGCCAAUCUCACACGCCAUUUUACAAUAAAAAUUUACUGACGCUACUCCGGAACAAGGAAUAUAACUUUGUGUAUUCCGUAGUUUAUUUUAUUGGAAAAAGAAGACAAAUUUUAUAUUUUGAUGGAUCGUGGUGUAUACGGUGGCGGCGGUGGUGCUGGACAGGGGUACAAUAAUUUUGCAGUCCCGCCACCAAAUUACCAACAAAUGCCCAACAAGCCUGGCAACUACAACGAGCCUCCCCCGAACUACAACAAAUCAGGUGGAAGUUAUGAUUCCGGUCAUGGCCAUCGUGGUGGUGGUGGAAGCGGUGGCGGCGGAGGUGCCGGCUCCUGGAACGACAGAGGCAAUUCUUAUGGAAAUGGAGGCGCCAACAAGGACAGCUACAACAAAGGCCCCGGAGGCUAUGCCGGCGGUGGAGGAGGUGGCGGCGGCAGCAGCGGCGGCAAUGGUGGUGAUAUGAUCACACAAGAAGAUACAAUUUUCGUUUCUGGCAUGGAUCCAUCCACUACAGAGAUGGAUAUUGAAACACACUUUGGAGCAAUUGGCAUAAUCAAGAAAGAUAAACGUACAAUGAAACCAAAGAUUUGGUUGUAUAAAAAUAAAGAAACUGGUGCUUCAAAGGGCGAAGCAACCGUCACAUACGAUGAUGUUAAUGCCGCCCAGUCAGCCAUUGAUUGGUUCGAUGGAAAUGAUUUUAAUGGUUCCGUAAUCAAAGUGUCUCUAGCCCAGCGCCAAAACAAUUGGAACAAAGGCGGUCGUGGUGGAUUCGGUGGUCGCAGUCGCGGCGGUGGAGGAGGUGGCGGCGGCGGCGGUGGUGGUGGUGGCGGCGGUGGCGGAGGAAACCGCUUCGAUCGUGGUGGAGGUGAUUACGAUGGUGGACGUGGUGGCGGUAACGGAGGAGGUCGCGGUGGCGGUGGUGGUGGCGGUCGCUUCGGUGGCGGUGGAGGCGGCGGCGGUGGUGGCUCUGGAGGAGGUAAUGUUCAGCCUCGUGAUGGCGACUGGAAAUGCAAUAGCUGCAACAACACCAAUUUCGCUUGGCGCAACGAAUGCAAUCGCUGCAAGACUCCUAAAGGUGACGAAGGUUCCAGUAGCGGUGGCUUUGGUGGAGGAGGAGGCGGCGGUGGCGGCUAUGGCAGCGAUCGUGGUAGUAAUGAUCGCGGCAGUGGCGGUUACCAAAAUAGAGACCGCGGCAACAAUAGCGGAGGCGGUGGUGGUGGCGGUGGCGGGUAUUCACGCUACGGUAACGAUAAUAGUGGAGGCGGUGGUGGACGCGGUCGUGGAGGCGGUUCCGGUGGCCGUCGCGAUGGUGGCGGACCAAUGCGCAACGAUGGCGGCAUGCGUUCCAGACCCUAUUGAGAGAGCACACAAAAUGGUGCCAGCAACAAUUUUUUCUUACCUAUGUAUUACAAAAUAAUAGCAAGUACUCUUCUUGAAAUUGUACUUUAGUCACCAGUCAAAGCCUACAGCAACCCGCAUCAUUAAAUAUAAUGCAUUUCCAUCGACUUUUUUUGACGUCUAAAUUCAAAAAUAGCACGGUAUCGCUCGUUUUCGACUUAGAAUAUAUGUAUAAUCUAAUUUAACAGACAUUAUUGUAAUAGAAAUAUGCAAAUACAUACAUAUAUUAGACUGGUUAAAA